GUUCUUACCUUCGUUCGAUUAUCCCUGUGUGUUGGCACCUUCAGUCUGGUACUACACAAGGCGUCGUCACGUCGAGGACUCCACUUGAAUCAUCGAACUUACCUUCCAAUCCCCACUGUCAUGCCGACUCACAAAGGUUCCUGUCUCUGCCAGGCUGUUCAGUACGAGGCCACCGUGCCCGAGGGUGGCCCGAGCAUGUCCACCGUCUGUCACUGCCAGGACUGCCAAAAGUGGAGCGGAUCUGCGUUCGCGAGCAACUUCAUUUUGCCUGCUACGGACCUGAAACUUACGAAGGGUGCGGAGGGCGCGGAGAUCAAGGUCUACACGAUAACCAACACGACCUCGGGCAAAGCACUGAUGAAGUAUUUCUGUGACACGUGCGGAUCGGCGCUUUACAACAAGUCGGAGGUGGACGAUAGGAUUGUGGCCAUCGCGUCGGGUACACUCGACGACCCCAUCGAUGCGACGGCGCAGUCGAUGACCGAGUUCUUCUGCGUUAACCGCCGGACGUGGCUGAAGCCUCUGGAUGGUGCCAAGCAGACUCAUAAGCUGUUCGAGUGAAUGGAACGUGAAGCAUGAUUCUUCCCACUCUGACGGGCCACGACGUACAUACGCAAUAGGGCACGAGGUGGUGGACGUCGAGACUCAGGGAGCAAUGUACAGGACAUACGGAGUGUAUGUUGUGUUUCAAGAUCAGAAACACAAACGGGAGCUACUUUGGAACUUGUCAGCUGCCAGCAGAAGUUGGCAGCCCAGCUUGGACACUUUAUUUUAUUUUAUUUUGAACGACGAUAAUUGUAAAUUAUUUAUCCGGAGAAUAUUGACUCGCG